AUGUCACAGUAUAAUAUUGUUAUCGUAGAUGACCACCAGGUAGUAUCCGAAGCCAUUGCCGGGCUUAUUAAUGCACUGCCCCAAUACAAUAUCCUUUAUGAGGCAAGAAACGGGAAAGACCUGGUUAACAAAUUCCAGAACAAAAGAAAUAUCCCCGACAUCAUCCUUCUGGACAUCAAUAUGCCCAUUAUGAAUGGCUUUGAAACGGCCGAAUGGUUACAGCAACAUCAUCCCGAGGUCUGCUUUAUUGCCCUGACCAUGAAUGACGAUGAAGAAUCGAUCAUUAAAAUGUUGCGGCUGGGCGCCAAGGGUUACCUGAUCAAAGACAUUGACUCUGAUGAGUUGCUGGUGGCACUGGAUGAGGUGAUCAGGAAAGGAUUUUAUUAUACCGAUCUUGUGACCAGCAAACUGGUCACUAACCUUAAUAAUGACGACAAAGUAAAAACCAGCCAGCUAUUGCUGAAAGAUAAAGAGAUUGAAUUCAUCAGGCUGGCCUGUACCGAAAUGACUUACCGCGAAAUUGCAGAUACCAUGUUCCUCAGCCCUAAAACGGUAGAUGGUUACCGGGACGGGUUGUUCCAGAAACUGAAUAUUAAAAACAGGAUCGGGCUGGUGCUUUACGCAAUUAAACAUAAGCUCAUCACCAUUGAUGAGCAUGUAUAA